AUGUCUGGAUACUUCAACCAUCUUUCUUCGAAUGCACAUUUCGCAAAUAUUCAAGCCGAUCAGGGCUUCAUAGGUGAUGCUACUGGCACAAGCAGCGAUCAUGGCAGUAGUGGCAUGGUUGAUUUUGCCCUACAACUCGGAGAACUGAGCCUAGAAGAGAAAAUACUUAAAGAGUUCACCUUAUUCCAGAGCAAGAACAUGGACUUAUUGCAAGAGACGGCGACGGCGUGUCCGAGUACUAAUCCUUCCUUGAGACAGAGCCGAAUUCAAGGCUGGUGA